UUGCGCAUGCAAUACAGAGAGAGAAAAACAACAACAUUCAUUGGACGAGGGUGCAGCGUUAACGUAUCUAGCCAUGUCUUUGUACAGUGACUAGGGAUUUGGGUAGACUAUCAAAAACCCUCCUCGCAUUUACAGCAAUUUCAGUUUGUUCUUAAAGUAGAUGGUGUCGUGCUCAUGAACUUGGCCAGUCAGAGCGGAGAGGCCGGCUGCAGCCAGCUCCUCUUCGCCAACUUUAAUCAGGAUAACACGUCCUUAGCAGUUGGCACGAAAUCUGGUUACAAGUUUUUCUCUUUGUCAUCGGUUGACAAAUUGGAACAGAUUUAUGAAUGUACUGACACAGAAGAUGUGUGCAUUGUGGAAAGACUGUUCUCCAGUAGCCUUGUUGCUAUUGUUAGUCUUAAGGCACCUAGGAAGCUUAAAGUGUGUCACUUUAAGAAAGGAACUGAGAUAUGUAACUACAGCUACUCAAACACUAUACUGGCAGUGAAACUGAACAGACAGAGGUUAAUAGUAUGUCUGGAAGAAUCACUUUAUAUCCAUAACAUCAGGGAUAUGAAAGUACUACAUACCAUUAGAGAGACUCCUCCAAAUCCAUCAGGAUUAUGUGCACUUUCAAUCAGCAAUGACAACUGCUAUUUGGCAUAUCCAGGAAGUGCAACAAUUGGGGAAGUGCAAGUUUUUGACACUGUUAACCUGAGGGCUGCUAAUAUGAUUCCAGCUCAUGACAGCCCACUGGCAGCACUGGCAUUUGACGCAAGUGGUACGAAACUCGCCACAGCUUCUGAAAAGGGCACUGUCAUCCGUGUGUUCUCCAUUCCAGAGGGUCAGAAGCUCUUUGAGUUCAGGAGAGGAGUGAAGAGAUGUGUGAGCAUCUGCUCCCUGGCCUUCAGCAUGGAAGGGCUCUAUCUGUCUGCCUCCAGUAACACAGAGACAGUUCAUAUCUUUAAACUGGAGACUCAGAGAGAAAAGCCACAAGAGGAGCCAACUACUUGGACAGGAUAUUUUGGGAAAGUGCUGAUGGCUUCCACCACAUAUCUACCUGCUCAGGUGUCUGAGAUGUUCACGCAAGGAAGGGCCUUCGCUACAGUCAGACUGCCGUUUUCAGGACACAAGAAUAUCUGUGCUCUCGCUAUAAUUCAGAAGAUCCCCCGGCUCCUGGUUGCUGCAGCUGAUGGCUACCUUUAUCUGUAUAACCUGGACCCGCAGGAGGGGGGGGAGUGCACACUAAUGAAGCAGCACAAGUUGGAUGGAAGUGCUGAACCUACAAAUGAAAUUCUAGAACAGACUGCCCAUGACCGCCCACUUGUGGCCCAGACCUACAGUGCUGCUGUUGCCAAAGGUUAUUUGGAGGAUCAAGGGGCGGUGGGUGGAGCUGGGGUGGAGGAUGAUAUAAACACCUUGCAUCUGGAUGAGGAAAAUGAACAGCCCCCCCUAAUCCUAGAAACAGACUGAGAUCCACCCCACCCCCACGCCACUGGGCAAGAAAUGAAUUACGGAGUGACAUUUCAGAGGCGGUGCCUUUCCUCCUCCUCUGGUGCUGCUAUGAACAUGUGACCUGGUGGAGAAGGGAUUAAAAGAGAGGGCAUUUUUAAAGCAAGCCUAGCUGUAGCCUCAUUCUAUCUGUUGUCACGUAUAGAUGUUUCUCUUCCUUUCCUUUUCUUGUGGCUUUUUAAAUCUGGUGAAUUUUGAUGCCCAGAUGCAUCUUUAAUAUAAUGCAAAAGUAAGAAAUCCGAGCUACACUUGUCGUGUUUCAUAGCUUUGCAUGUACAUGUGCCAACUAUAGGAGUGCUAGAAAACGUGCUCUCAUGUUGAUGGUUCAGAUGUAUUUGGUGGACAUUCUCCUCUUGAGCCUUGACAGAUGCUUAACGUGUGUGUGUGUGUGUGUUUGCUUUUAAUUAUAUUUUUUGCCCCCUUUAACAUUGGAUUGGAAGAUAACUUGCUUAUGCCCACCACAGCAUACUGUGCAGUGUUUUGUUUUGGGUUUUUUUUCUUUUCUUGUCAUUUUGUUGGAAUUGUGGAGUUACUUUUGUUCCACCUGCAUCAGUGGCUGUUAAAGCACAGACAUGUGAAUAUUGUCCUCAUUAGCAAUGUUUGCCUCUAUGUUGCUUUGCUGAUUGCAGAAGCUUAAUGAUGACCAUGGCAAUCUAAGCAACCAGUAUUUACAGGCUUCUUAAAGGGUCAUCUUUUGUUUUACCCAGAAUUACUUAAAAGAUCACUUUAUUUUUAGACCAAUACCCACACAACCUAAUGGACCAUUUGGUUAGCCAGUGUGGCUCACAGAGUUUACAGGUCUUGGCCUGGCCCUGGUGUUUCCCUUGCUAUGGGAGCUGAAUGAAAGAAUUUUUAUUAAAACUUUACAAAACAUCAGUCUUCUCCUUUGAACUUUGAAAUAAAGGUGAAUUGAUGUUCUAAAUUGGGCAGAACUGAUUGUAAAACAUUACAAAAUUGUAAUAAAACAGGCAUGAAAAUCUGUCCAUUGUCUGGUUUUCAGCUUAAUAAUAUAUGAAUUGUUAAAUUAAUGCUCCCUCUCCCAGAUGUACUGUGAAUAUCUAUCGCUGAAUCUUCAAAAGACUGAUUGAUAGAACUAGCUUUACCUACUUAUUUGAGGUGACCUGUCUUAGCUUCACUAUUAGUGAAAGUUGCAAAUAUUUCUCCAUGUAUAAAGAUACGGGAUGCUGAAGCUUGUUACUGAAUGUAUCUUAGUCUUUAUUCAGACAGAUGUGGAAAGAGUUGCAGACUGGAUUAUAUGAGUCUGUGUUUGUGGCAUGUUCCCAUUUUAGCCCAGUGGACUGUCAUCAAUUAAACAAAUACAGCUGACACCUAGGUCACUUGGUCUGGCAGCUGAGACAAAUCAGGUCAAAUGUGCUGUGUAGUUUCAAGAAUUCCCAAAUUCUCCUGAGAACUAAACAGGAGACUAAGGCACAUGAAUGUGACUACCAAUUGUUUUCAUUAUAUAAUUACAUCCAGUGUGUCCAGGAAGCACAAAGUGCAAACAAACAAAAUUACCUACUGGGAUAAAUCUGCAGAUGUUUAUUACUAUUCAAACAAGGUUGAAUUAUCAAACAAAGCUUGCAAAUCAUUACAUAAAAGUUCUAUGCAUGAUUGUCUUGAGCAUGACCUGAUGGUGUAUGCCAAUACAAAUAACACUGAUUUUCUUUAUCAGCCAGUGAGCUCUUGAGAACCCCAGGCCACUAUACAAGUUUUUUUAAAUGAUUUUUGUAUACAAUGUGAAUUGUUCCAUAUAAAGAUCAAAUAAAAUCUUCAGCUGAAAAUAUUA